GCUGAGAGAAGAAGAGAAAUGGCAAAAAAUCCUCUGGAGAAAUACACUCAUUAUUAUGAACGUUGGGCAAGCAAUCAGCAGUCGAGGCACAAGGCUCUUGCAGAUUUGAAUCAAAUGCGAACUGUGCAUAUGGAGAAACUUAGUGACAUACAGCGUGAGCCUGAGUCUCAGCUCAAGUUCAUAACCGAUGCCUGGCAGCAGAUUGUUGAAUGUAGGAGAGUUCUAAAAUGGACAUAUGCUUAUGGGUACUACCUGCCAGAGCGUGAGCAAGCGAAGAGGCAGUUUUUUGAGUACUUGCAAGGUGAGGCAGAGUCUGCUUUGGAAAGGCUUCAUCAGUGUGCAGAGAAGGAGCUACUGCAAUUCCUUAGUGCAGAAGGCCCAUCGAAAGAAUUCGUUGAUUUCCAUACAAAGCUAGCUGGACUUACCGGGUAAAUAUUGUGAUGAAAUAUUAGUUGAAAUUCA